UUGAGUCAUGUAUGAAAAUUCUUUUCCAUUGUGCAGAUUGAGACGGGUCAAUCCAGGGCUAUUGCAGCUUCUGAUUCCAGUGACAAAUCAAAAGAAAAAGUCUUGGAUCAGAAGACAUUACGGAGACUUGCCCAAAAUCGUGAAGCUGCUAGAAAAAGUAGAUUGAGGAAAAAAGCAUAUGUUCAACAGCUGGAGAAUAGCCGGCUGAAGCUAUCGCAGUUGGAGCAGGACCUUCAGCGUGCACGUCAACAGGGGAAGUACAUUUCAAACAUGGCAGAUCAAUCAAACGGAGCGGGCGCCAGUGGGACCUUAGCAUUUGAUGCAGAAUAUAGUCGAUGGUUGGAAGAACACAACAAACACAUCAAUGAGUUGAGAACCGCUGUCAAUUCACAUGCAAGUGACCCUGAACUGCGAAGUAUUGUGAAUAAUGUCACUGGACAUUACGAUGAGGUCUUUAGGGUGAAAGGAAAUGCAGCCAAGGCGGACGUAUUCCAUGUCUUGUCAGGGAUGUGGAAAACCCCUGCCGAGCGGUGUUUUAUGUGGAUUGGUGGCUUCCGCCCCUCGGAACUUCUUAAGCUUCUAGUCAAUCAGUUGGAGCCUCUGACCGAGCAACAGUUAGCUGGCAUUUACAACUUGCAGCAGUCAUCCCAUCAAGCAGAAGAUGCUCUUUCACAAGGUAUGGAGGCAUUGCAGCAAUCCUUGGCGGAGACAUUAGCUAACGGAUCUCCUGCUACUGAAGGGUCAUCAGGAGAUGUAGCUAAUUAUAUGGGUCAGAUGGCAAUGGCUAUGGGGAAAUUAGGGACUCUUGAAGGUUUUCUCCGUCAGGCGGACAACCUGCGUCAACAAACAUUGCAACAAAUGCAUCGCAUAUUGACAACCAGACAAUCAGCCCGUGCUCUUCUUGCAAUAAGUGAAUACUUCUCACGUCUUCGAGCUCUCAGCUCUCUUUGGCUUGCCAGACCACGAGAGCAAUAAGUAUGACAUGCAUCGCAAUACUCUACUGAAACUCAGAUAUACUACUUCGAUACACUGGCCAGUAUAUGAGAUCCAGCUAAGUUACUAUAUGUAAAGUGGUAUUGUAUGUGCUUGUGGAAGUGCAAAAUUUGUUUUCUUUCUCCUUAGGUUUUUAGAAUGCCAACAUUUUACUCUGUGACUUAGGAACCAAUAAUGUACCUGUGUUUUUAGCUUUACAAGGAAGAAUCUCAGUUAGGGAUAUUAAGAAGUGUAAUAGAUAUUUAGAAAGUUUUAUGCUUAAACAAAUUAUAGCUUGUGACUUAAAGGUUCUCUUCUGAUAUGUCGGAAAUAUACAAGCAGUUUAUCA